CCCCCCGCCAAUUUUUUCCAAGAUGGCGGCGCCCAUGAAGCGCAACGCGUGAGUAGAAAGGCCUGGUCUGCGAGCACCAUGAAGCAAGCGGCCUCUUCCUCCUUUUUAUCGCCCGGGAAUGGCCGGGGCCAGACUAGGAGACGAGAGAGGCAACGGCGGCAGAAGCAGCAACAGCAGGCUGGGAAGCUGCAGAAACUGGGGUUGGCUGUGCGGGAGUUCGUGGAGGCCGCGGCUGGAUCCGAAGGCGGCGGCGGCGGCGGCGGCGGCGGCCUCCAGACCCCACCCGGAGCACGACCGCAGCAACAGCCGGUGGCGGCAGCAGCUUUGAGCAACCGGAGGAACCGCCGGGAGCUGAGGCGGGAGAAGCGCAAGUUGAAGCGGGGCCGCCGCCGCCUCCUCCUGAACGGCAGAGAGGUGGCCGAGGAGAAGCACAAGCCUCGGCCGCCCUGCGGGGCUCCGGCAGCCCCCGCCAAGAAGCAGCAGCAGCCGCCGAAGAAGGAAGAAAGGCCGCCGGGCCCGGAGGAAAAGAGGCACCUCGUGUCCGCCGCAGCCAGGCGAGAGCCGCCCGCACUGGCCACUUCAACCUCCUCAGCGCGCAAACGCGCCCUGCUAGCGGCCAACGAGGCUGAGGAGCGGGAGAUCCGGCGGCUGGAGAGGCAGCUGGGCCUCCGCAAGCGCCGAAAGAAGAAGCAGCAGCAGCAGCAAGGGCAGCGGGAGGAGGCGGCCCUGCCGCAGAGCUUCGUCAGGGACGGGCUGGGCUACGUGCUGGGAGCCCUGGAGUCAGGGGCUACCCUCUCCGGCCUGUACGAGAGCAGUGAGGAGGAGGAGGAGGGGAAAGUGGAGGAGACCUCCGAGGAGGAGGGACUGACCCUGAUCCAUGGAGGAGAGGAGAGAGUGAGUGAGGAAAAUGAGGAGGAGGAGGAAGACCUGGUUAUGGAAGAAGAUCCAGGAAGCUCAGAAGAAUCCAGUGUGGAGGGAGAAGAAGCAGCUGCUGGAGAAGAAACCAUUCCCCAAGAUUUCAGAAACUCAGGGGCUGGGGCCAAGGAACCCAGGCCUCCCAUAGAGGAGGAGGAGGGUCUUUGCCCUGGUCCUACAAAGUAUGUCCCCCCUCAGCUGCGAAGGUCCGAAGAGACAAUAGACGCCAAAAAGAGGGAAGAAUUAGAAAGACUGAAGAAAACAUUGAAAGGACUAAUUAAUAGGUUGAGUGAACCAAAUUUAGCCUCCAUAAGUGGGCAGUUGGAGGACCUCUAUAUGGCAAACAGUAGGAAAGAUAUGAAUGAUACGCUAACAAAUAUUCUUAUAAGUGCCUGUGUUACAGCAUCAACAAUGCCUUCCAGACUGGUAAUGGAACAUGUUGUUUUGAUUGGCAUUCUUCAUCGUACAGUGGGAAUUGAGGUUGGAGCUCACUUUUUGGAAACUGUGGUGAGGAAAUUUGAUGACGUCUACAACAGUGAGGUUGAAGGGAAAGAAUGUGAGAAUCUGCUUACCUUAAUUGCCCAUUUGUAUAACUUCUACAUAGUGCAUUCAUUGCUGAUCUUUGACAUCUUAAAGAAGCUGGUUAGCACUUUUUCUGAAAAGGAUAUUGAACUAAUUCUGCUGCUGCUGAAAAAUGUGGGUUUCUCCUUGAGGAAAGAUGAUGCUCUGGCACUAAAAGAGCUUAUCACUGAGGCCCAGAAAAAAGCAAACGCAGUAGGGAAGCAAUUCCAGGACCAGUCAAGGGUUUGCUUUAUGUUGGAGACUAUGUUGGCACUAAAAAAUAAUGACAUGAGGAAAAUCCCUGGUUAUGAUCCAGAGCCAGUUGAGAAACUACAGAAGCUGCAAAGAACACUGAUUCAUGGCAGUGGUACUGGAAAAGAGUCUCAGCUCCGGGUGUCAUUGGAAUGUCUCCUCAGUGCUGAUCAGGUCGGUCGUUGGUGGAUUGUUGGAUCCUCUUGGAGUGGAGCUCCAAUGAUUGACAGCACCAGCAACAAAAUUAAACAAAUACUACCUAUAGGGAAGAUGAGUUCAAAGAUAAUGGAGCUUGCUCGUAAGCAGAGAAUGAACACAGACAUCAGAAAGAAUAUAUUUUGUAUCUUGAUGACCAGUGAAGAUUUUUUGGAUGCCUUUGAGAAACUUUUAAAGCUUAGACUUAAAGAUCAGCAGGAGAGAGAGAUUGUCCAUGUCCUCGUAGACUGUUGUCUGCAGGAGAAGACUUAUAACCCCUUCUAUGCGUUCUUGUCUGCCAAAUUCUGUGAAUAUGAAAGGCGAUUCCAGAUGACAUUCCAGUUCAGCAUGUGGGACAAAAUCAGAGAUCUGGAAAACCUGUCCACUACUGCUUUCUCAAACUUGGUUAAUCUCUUGGCUCAUCUGUUAAAGACUAAAUCCGUCUCCCUCUCUGUGUUCAAGGUAAUUGAAUUCAGUGAACUAGACAAGCCAAAAGUCCACUUCUUACGACAAGUGCUAUCUGUACUAUUCCUAACAACAGACCCAGAAGAGCUCAUUCACAUCUUUGGAAAGUUGGCUGACAAUCCCAAGCUGGGAAUGCUAUAUGAAGGCUUGAAGCUUUUCCUCACUCACUUCUUGCUGAAGAAUAUUCAAGCUCACAAAAGUGUUGAAAAAGCUACUCUGCUAAAAGAGAGAAUUGAACUAGUAAAUAAAUCCUUAAAAUCAAAAGAAUCAAGAUUAAAAUUGUAGUAUCCAAAUGAUCAGACCCGCCACCUGUGUGGGAAAUGAGGACUUAACAUUCUAUUCAUAUGUUUUGAAUCACCUUUUUUAGCAGACAAAAGACUUUAUGUUCUUACUUCCAACACAAGAAUAUGGAACUAGAUUCAGUUUGAUAUUCAAACUUCCUUGUAUUUAUUUUAAAAAUCUGCCCAUAUUUGAAUCCUGGUGCUGAUGGCUGAAAUAAAGAUUUUUGUUAUUCUUCAA